AUGAUCGAACUAGAUUUCAAAACAUACUCCAAUUCAUCUAUGUCCAUAAUCUCUGAAUUUGUCCAAGACAUUCCUCCUGGGGAAGCCAAACCUGUAAUCCGAGACUUGAAACUGGUUGCUGCGGAAUUUGGUGCGGAAAUCAAAAAUGAAUUUGAAACACAUGUCCUCAAUUCUGAUUUUCAUUUGGUUCAGGAUACCUCUCAAGGAUUGUUAGCUAUAGUUUCCAGGUAUACUCAAAGAGGUACUAAAUUUAUAGACUAUGCAUCCAACCUGAAGUUCCACUAUGAUUUUGUAGACCAGAAGUCUAUGGAUACUGAAGAAUUUAGCGAAGAUAUUCUCCCUGAGUAUAAUUCUGUUGACAAGGAGCUGGAGAAGUACACCCAAGAGCAUUUCCCAGACUCCUACAAGGUAGUGCUUACUCCGUUUGAGGAAGGAUUCCAUGUCAUUAUUGUGGACGUCCGGUACAAUGAUAAGAAUUUUUACAACGGAAAGUGGCAAUCGUUCUAUACAUUUAACAGGGUCAAAGGCUUAAUUUCGGGACAGGUAAGAAUAAAAAUCCACUACUAUGAGGACGGGAAUGUCACACUCAAUAGUCACAAAAGACUUAAUCCCACAGAAACUACGGUUACAGACAUUGUCAAUCACAUCAAAUCUUUUGAGGAUGAUUACCAAAGAAACCUAUUGAGUAGUUUCAAUAACUUGAACGAAAUUGUGUUUAGGAAUCUGCGUAGGCAGCUUCCAAUUAACAGAUCAAAAGUUCAAUGGGGAAAGUCUAUUGGAACUUAUAAACUAGGGCAAGACAUUGGAGGUGGAAGAGAAUAG